GGCGGAGGUGAAGCGGAGAGCGGGCGCUGGAUCCUCCCGGCCGCGGCCCCCGGGGCCCCGGGCACGGAACAAAGGGCCAUGGCCGAGGGGGCCCCCGCUCAGGCUCCGGAGCCGCACUGCCCCUCGCCCCUGCGGCCGCCGGCCGGCCCCGAGCGCACCUCGGAGCGGGAGACGCAGACGGCUGAGCUGUCCCUGACCGUGGUGGCGGCCGUGCAGGCCGUGGAGAGGAAGGUGGACUCCCACUCCACCCGCCUGCUCGACCUGGAGGGUCGCACGGGGAUGGCCGAGAAGAAGCUGAUCGACUGCGAGAAGACGGCGGCGGAGCUGGGGAACCAGCUGGAGAGCAAGUGCGCGGCGCUGGGCACCCUCAUCCAGGAGUACGGGCUGCUCCAGCGGCGCCUGGAGAACAUGGAGAACCUGCUCAAGAACAGGAACUUCUGGAUCCUGCGGCUGCCCCCGGGCAGGAAGGGGGAAGUCCCCAAGGUGCCGGUGACAUUUGACGACGUGUCCGUCUACUUCAACGACAAGGAGUGGGAGAAGCUGGAGGAGUGGCAGAAGGAGCUGUACAAGAACGUGAUGAAGGGGAACUACGAGUCGCUGAUCUCCCUGGACUAUGCAAUUUCCAAACCCGGGGUUCUGUCUCAGAUCGAGCAAGGAGAGGAACCGCGGGGCAGGAACGAGCAGGACCUGGAGGAGAGCGAGAUCAUUACUGAUGCCACAGCAGCGGGAAUAAGGGUGGUGAUCAAAACGGAGGAGCUCCUGCCCGAGGACAGCCCCGAGAACCCCGAGCUUCACGGGAUGUCGGGGCAGUCAGAGGGGAGCUUCCAGAGCCCGGACGAGGAGGCGGCUUGUGAGAGCCCCUACAGCUCCGUGUCCCCUCCGAGGGACCUCCCAGGGACCAGCCUGGGCGACUCCUCCGAGUACAGAGCCGACUUCAACGAGAUCCAGAGAGUCAUCGUUCACCACGGCAGCUGCACAGAGGACGGGAUCGUGAUCAAGACGGAGGAGGAGGAGGAGGACGACCCCGACCCGCUGGAGCCGUGCGCCAUGUUCUCGGGCAGGGCCGAGCCGCCGGCCUUCCCCAGCCACGAGGCCGGGCUGGGCUGCGAGGCGCAGUGCAGCUCCAAGGCCCAGCCCCGCGGCCUGGCGGGGCGCGUGAGGAAGCCGUCGGCCUGCGAGAGGGACUCCGGGGACAUGAAGCCGGCCAGCGCCCAGCAGCGGAACCGCACGCGGGAGAGACCCUACAUCUGCCCCGAGUGCGGCAAGAGCUUCAUGCUCAAGAUCAACUUCAUGAUCCACCAGCGCAACCACCUCAAGGAAGGGCCCUACGAGUGCCACGAGUGCGACCUCAGCUUCCGCAACAAGCAGCAGUUCCUGCUGCACCAGCGCAGCCACACGCGCCGCGGCGUGGGGGUCCCGCGGCGCCCCGAGCACGGCCUCAAGCCCCCGGCGCGGCCCCCGCCUCCGGGGAAGCCCUACAAGUGCUCCGAGUGCGAGAGCAGCUUCAGCCACAAGUCGAGCCUCAGCAAGCACCAGAUCACCCACGUCGGGGAGCGGCCCUUCACCUGCGGCGAGUGCCGCAGGAGCUUCCGCCUGCAGAUCAGCCUCCUCAUGCACCAGAGGAUCCACGCCGGCAAGAACGAGAUGGCCUUCCUGUGCCCCCAGUGCGGGAAGAACUUCACCCGGCCCUCCCACCUGCUGCGGCACCAGCGGACUCACACCGGCGAGCGGCCCUACCAGUGCAGCCAGUGCGAGAAGACCUUCAGCGAGAAGUCCAAGCUGACCAACCAUUACCGCAUCCACACGCGGGAGCGCCCGCACGCCUGCGCCGUCUGCGGGAAGGGCUUCAUCCGCAAGCACCACCUCCUGGAGCACCAGCGCAUCCACACGGGCGAGCGGCCCUACCACUGCACCGAGUGCGGCAAGAACUUCACGCAGAAGCAUCACCUCCUGGAGCACCAGCGGGCGCACACCGGAGAGCGGCCCUACCCCUGCACCGAGUGCACCAAGUGCUUCCGCUACAAGCAGUCCCUCAAGUACCACCUGAGGACGCACAUGGGAGAGUGAGGGGCUGCCCGACGGCUUCCUCCCCCUCCUCUCCCUCCCUCCACCCCUCCUCCUCCUCCUCCUCCUCCUCCUCUUCCUCCUCCUCCUCCUCCACUCAUCUCUCCCGCCCUCCCUCCAUCCAUCUCCCCCCACCCCAGCUCAGGGCAUGGACAUAAGGAAGCUUUGUGUGGUAGCGCCGCUGGUCUGGUGGAGACUGGGCUGAUUGGAAAUAAAUUAAUGAAUUAAAGCAAGCAACGCGCGGCAAAAUUAAAAGAUUAUAUAUAUAUAAAAUUAACAGAAGCAGCUGAUAUAGGGGGAAUCCUCACCACCAACAAAAGAAACCUGUACAGGGUGUUUUGCCGGAGUAGGACUCGUAACUGCUUUUUAAAUCUACUGUUUGGGUUUUUUUAAAUAAAUGUGGAGGAACUUUUUAAUUGAUAAGCGACCUUAGGAUGGGCAAGAUUUUUUUUUUUUUUUUUUUUUUUUUUUGUGUUAAAUGCUCUGUAGGCUGAUUCUGGCACAGUCACUUUUUGUGCAGGAGCUCUGCAGAGGUGCUGCCUCGUCCCAGCUUUCCGGGCUGGACGCGACAGCCGCUCGGCAGCGCGUGGCUACGGGAGCUCCGGCCGGGGGGGGGAGGUGAGCAAUUAACAGAUCCAGCUAACGAGGAGGUUCUGCGUGUGUCUAGAUUGGAAGCGCCGGUAGGUGCCUGCCCGGCUCGCGGGGCUGUGAUGCACUCCUGAAUUAUACAAUAGAAUAAAAUUCUAGUUGCAGUAAAA